AUGGCCUCGCCUCUGGCAACCGAAUACCCAUCCAUCCCCACUCCUCCGCCAGCUUAUCUCCGAUCUUCACCUCCUUUCCCCUCACAGCAUUCCACCCCUCGCUCGCCCCAGAGCUUGAACAUUGCGCGGAAGUCCGUACCGGCCGGAGACUCAGAAGAGACUCCAGUGAUUCAGGAGUCGCCCAGGUCGCCCGUCAAGAUCGAUCAUAGCGCGCAGCUCCCGCCAGCAUCCAGUGCGCAGAUCGAGCAGCUGCACAAUGGACCCCCAACGCCGCAGCUAGAAUUGCCCGAGUUCGCGGGCAUGUCAAUCGAAGGUCCAGCGCAGCCUGAGCAGUCAUGGAACCCAGCGUACCCACCACGCAGGGAGUCAGCGCAAGCGUCGCAAUACCAGACCGCUCGCCAGCACCCGUAUGGUCACACCCCCGCUAGCAGCGGGUCUUGGUCAGUCAUUGAGCCACAUGGGGAAGACAAUGGUUCCGAGAAUCGAAAGCACAGCACGGCCUCACUCGAGCGAGGAGACCUGAGCCACAAUAACUCCUCCCGCGGCAGCUCGGAAAGCGUGGCGCAAACUGUGGACAGCUUUGAGCCCUUGACCUAUCACCACCAACGGUUGGAACAACAGAGCCAGCAAGCCAAGCGCCAAUCGACACCGGGGAUGGUUCUGCCAGAUUACCCAUCAAGUUCGACUGAUAAACUUGCCGCCAGGCGCUCAAGAAUUGCACGACCGCUCUCCAACUACUCAAAUGCAUCCGACCUGGCAGUGGGAGGGCAUCGACGCAACCUUUCAGCUUCGCCAUAUCUGCACGGCCGAUCUUCCUCAAGGAAUUCUACGGCGUCCCCCGAUAAUCGCUCCUCUUCUUUCCUCGAUCUCCUCAACACCUCAUACCCGCAACCCGGCCCAACGGUGCCCAAGCACGACAAUGUCUAUCUCCGGGGCCUAGUAGGGAACAAUGCAUCUUUGCUCAGCCAUAGAGAGACCUUCGAGGCGUACCUCAAAAAUCUGGAAAGAACCAACGACCCGGCAGUGCAAUACGAGUUCGCUAUUUUCAUGAUCAACUCCAUGCGCGACAUGCCUUCCGUAGACCUCGAUGAUUCCACCUCCAUAACUCGCAGUCGGCUAAUGCGCGAGUCCAAAGCAAUCCUCACACGUCUCUCAGAACGCAGCUACCCUUUCGCCCAAUAUUAUCUAGCCGAUGGCUACGCAUCCGGACUCUUCAACAAGGGCAAAGAGGACUACGGUCGGGCAUUCCCCCUUUUCGUCUCGGCAGGAAAACACGGCCACAUCGAGGCCUGCUAUCGUGCGGCCUUGUGCUACGAAUUCGGCUGGGGCUGUCGCUUCUACCGGCAAGCCGCAUCAAAAAACCACCCCGGCGCUAUGCUCCGCAUGGCCAACGCCUGCCUGGCCGGCGACAUGGGACUCGGAAAGAGGUAUCGAGAGGGAAUCAAGUGGAUGAAGCGGGCCACCGAGACUGCAGAUGCACAGUACCCUUCAGCGCCGUACGAAUUGGGUCUAAUGCAUGAGACUGGCUACGGCGACGACGUUUUUAUCGACGAGUCAUAUGCUGCACAGCUAUUCACCAAAGCUGCUGAAUUGGGCCACACGGAGGCAGCGUACCGACUUGGAGAUGCCUACGAACACGGAAGGCUCAAUUGCCCCCGCGACCCAGCUCUCAGCAUUCAUUUCUAUACCAUUGCCGCACAGGGAGGCCACCCUCUUGCCAUGAUGGCCCUCUGCGCCUGGUACCUUGUGGGCGCAGAACCGGUCUUGGAAAAGGAUGAGAACGAGGCGUACGAAUGGGCCGCGAAGGCGGCUGGUCUCGGUCUCGCAAAAGCUCAAUAUGCCGUCGGCUACUUCACCGAAAUGGGCAUCGGAUGCCGCCGAGAUCCCCUCGAAGCCAACGUCUGGUACGUCAAGGCCGCCGACCAGGGCGACGAGCGAGCAAAGUACCGCAUUGCCGCGAUCCGCGCCGCCGCCGAUGGCGCGAAUCCGGCCCACGCGGCUAGACACGGCCGCUUCAGAAAGAGCGACAAAGGACAGGGUAAGUCCAAAUCCAGCCUCAUUUCAUUCUAUGCCCACCUCUUUGAACGGGAUACUGACAAAUGA